AUGGCCGAGCCAAGAAAGUCUGAGGAGGACAAGGCGGACGUCAGCCAAAUGGAGCGCGUCUUGACCGCUAACUCGCUUGGCGACGCCGACAAGCCCAACCGGAAUGCGAAGGUUGACGAGUUUGGAGCACACACCAAGACCGACCCCAAGGAAAUUGCCCUUGUCAAGAAGAUCGAUCUGUACAUCUUGCCCAUUCUCUGGGUGAUGUACUUUCUGAACUUUCUCGACCGCAAUGCCAUGAUCAACGGAAAGCUCAACUCAUUGUCGAAAGACUUGAAUCUCAAGGGCACCGAGUACAACACCUGCGUCUCCAUCCUGUUCGUUGGAUACUUGUGUGGUCAAGUGCCCUCCAACAUGAUCCUUAACCGAGUGCGACCGUCUUGGUACAUGGCUGGCUUCAUGCUGGCGUGGUCGAUCAUCUCUCUCCUCACAUACCUGGCACACGACUACAAGUCGAUGUUGGUCUUUCGGUUCUUUCUUGGCAUCACUGAGGCUCCUUUCUACCCUGGAGCCCUGUACAUGCUCAGCAUGUUUUACACCCGCAAGGAGAUUGCUACUCGUAUGGCCAUCUUUUACACAGGCAACAUGUUGGCCAGCGCCUUUUCCGGCCUGAUUGCUGCGGGUGUCUUUGCGGGCCUGGACGGAAAGCAUGGCCUCGCUGGCUGGCAAUGGCUUUUCAUUAUCCAAGGUGCCGUUUCGAUUGGCGUUGCCUUAGCAGCUUUCUACCUACUUCCGGACGCGCCCCUGCAAACUCGAUGGCUCACCGAGGAGCAACGCCAGAUGGCUCACAAGCGCAUCUUUGAUGAUACCACCGAUCGUCGUGAGGGUGGAACCAGCGUGUGGAAGGGUCUGCGUGAGGCCUGCUCUGAUUGGCGAACAUGGGUCUUCUGUCUCAUGGACAACCUGCAUCUUUCGGCCAACGGCUUUAAGAACUUCUUGCCAAGUGUCGUGAAGACUCUGGAGUACAACACAACCAUCACGCUGGUUUUGACGUGCCCGCCAUACAUCCUGGCUGGAAUCAUGAGUAUUGUUGUCUCUCACUCCUCUGGACGUUUCAAUGAACGCACAUGGCAUACGACGAUCAGCAAGUUGAUUGCUUGUGCCGGGUUCGCGAUGGCUGUGGCUACGUUGAAUACCACCGUUCGAUACGUUGGAAUUAUGAUCUUUGUGGGCGCCACGUACGGCGUGAACAACAUCAUCCUGGGAUGGACUGCGGCGGUUUUGGGUCAAACCGAUGAGAAGAAGGCGGUUGCUAUUGCGAUGUGCAACACCCUUGGCAACCUUGCGAGUGUUUAUACACCGUAUCUUUGGCCUGACUCGGAUGAGCCUAGGUAUCUCAAGGCUAUGUUGGCUAGUAUUGGCUUCUCGAUUGGUGUUGUUAUUUGUGCUUGGAUUAUGCGUUUUGCGCUGCAGAGGCAAAAUCGUAAGAUGCUUGCCUCGAACGAAGGCGUCACGAACUUGUAUGUAUACUAA